CUGUGAGAAUCCACAUUUGCAAGAUGGAUGUUAAAACAAAGGUCACCCUGAACAGUGAAGAUUUGACUGGUUUUGGGGACAACUACAACUACAACUACAGCGACUAUGAUGAUACCUCCUGUGGAGUGGUUUGUAGUCAAGACACCAGCAUGCACUUUGAUGCUAUUUUUAUUCCGGUCCUGUACUCUGUGGCGCUGGUGGUGGGGCUGGUGGGAAAUGGGCUCGUACUGGUGGUGCUGUGGAAGAAGAGGAUGAACUGGAAUGUCACAGACAUCUUCAUCUUCCAUCUGAGCAUAGCAGACAGUCUACUGCUGCUAACACUGCCAUUCUGGGCUGUAGAGGCAGCGAAGGAGUGGAUCUUUGGGACAGGACUCUGCAAGCUGACUGGAGCUUUGUUCAAGAUAAAUUUCUACUGUGGCAUCUUCAUGCUGGCAUGCAUCAGUCUUGACCGCUACCUGUCCAUCGUCCAUGCAAUGCAGAUGUAUUCUCGUAAAAAGCCCAAGGUGACGCACUGUUGCUGUCUGGUCAUCUGGCUGUUCUGCCUACUGCUCUCAAUUCCUGACUGGAUAUACCUUAUAGCCACUCCAGACUCCAGACGUCAGGAUAAAAUUGUAUGUGUUCACCCCUUUAAUUCCUGGCAUUUGGUCUCUCGUCUACUCUGCCAUGUGGUGGGUUUUGCUCUACCGGCACUCAUACUGCUAUUCUGUUACUCCUGCAUCCUUCUGCGGCUGCAGCGCGGCUCCCAGUGCAUGCCGAAAAAGAGAGCCAUGCGUGUUAUUGUAGCCCUGGUACUGGCCUUCUUCAUCAGCUGGACACCCUACAACAUCACCCUCAUUGUCGACACCUUCCAAAGCAAAAUCAGCACCAAUAACCAAACAUCCUGUGCCAGCACCACAUCAUUGGAUGUAGCCCUCACAGCAACUUCCACAUUGGGCUACUUACACUGCUGUGUCAAUCCAAUUCUUUAUGCUUUUGUGGGGGUGAAAUUUCGUAAGCAUUUGUUGGACAUGCUGAGACCACUAGGCUUCACGCUUAAGGGACCAGCAGGGCUGAUGUCCCGGAGGAGCUCUGUAUGGUCAGAGUCAGUGGACACCUCAAACACUUCUGCUUUCUGAAACAUAUAUGCCAUCAAACUAGUGUAUGUAAACAAUCAGUGAUCUUUUUCUUCAACAACCUUUUGAACUGGUAUUAAUUCAAAUGUGAAAGGUAAAUAUAUUGACAGAGGAGUAAUGUACAUAUAAAUAUAUAUUUCUCAUGGCUUUCCUG